GGCACGUGGGUGGAGGAAUGGGUAGCCGGGGUGGGCGAGUGCGUGGUGGAGAGGCAUUGGGAGCGGUGAGAGGGCAGCAGAGGCGUGUGGAAAGAGACGAGUACAGCGGUGUGGGGAGGGCCACGAGUGGUGGAGGCGAGAGGGAUAUGAAUGUGGCGAUGGAGUGGGCAGGGGGCGACGAGCACGGCGAGGGCUGGGAGGCGGUGGGCGGGGAGGGGCAUGCACGGCAGCAGUGGAUGGCAGGGGCGCGAGUGCACCGUGAGCAGCAGUUGCCCCUCCAGCAGCAGCAGCAGCAUCAGCAACAACGGCAGCAGGGGCAACAGCAGCAUCACCACCGCCAGGAGCGGGAGCGGGAGGGGGAGGGGAUGGCUCUCAGGGAAGUCAAUGCCGCUGCUGCUGGUGCUGCUGCUGCUGCUGCUGGUGCGGGUGUCGCGUCCAACGCUGAUGUUGAGAGAGCAGGAGCAGCAGCAGCAGCAGGAGCAGCAGGUGCAGGAGCAGCAGGAGUUGAUCUGAUGGCGCCGCAGGCAUCAGAGCCAGCUGCAGCGGGCCCUCUUGGCACCGCGGAUGGGGCGCAUGUGGCAGCGGCGGCAGCAGCAGCCAGGGGAGCAGCAGAGGGGGCAGGCACAGCUGCAGGUGGCAGCAGGGAGGCGGGCCGGCGGGCGAGCAAGAGCACGGGGCGGCGGAACCAGCUGGACGUCAGCAUCAAGCGUGAGAUCUGCGACCUGCGGCGCGCGCGCCCGGGCAUCUCCGUGGGGGGGAUCAUCCGCGCGUGCCGUGCCAAGUACCCGGACGUGCGCUUGGACCGGUCGCAUGUGCGGCACAUCUUUGACAAGGAGGCGCGCUGGUACUCCUCGCUAGCGCAGCGGUGCAGCAAGCGCGUGCGUGCGCCCGAGAGCAUGGCGCUGGAGGAGGCGCUGCUGGCGUGGUUCCAGCAGCAGCGCAGCGUGCCAGGUGGCGCCAAGGUGUCGCUGCAGGCCAUCUGCGACAAGGGCAGGGAGCUGGGGCCGUCCUUCGGGGUGUCGCCCUCCUUCAGGUACAGCGUGGGGUGGGCGUGCCGCUUCCAGGACCGGUGGGGGCUGUCGAAGCGGCACCUGGAGGAGGCGAGGGAGGCCUACUUCAACGAGGACGCGGACGCCGCUGCUGCCGCUGGGGGCGCGGGCGGCACUGGCCCAUCACUCAUUGAGCUGGCGGACGAGAUCUUUGGCCCGCAGAUCCUGGUGGCCAGGGAGAGGGGUGAUGGGGACGAGGAGGGGGAGGAGGAGGGCGAGGACGGGGACAUGGCAGGGCGGGGGCGCGUGGGUGAAGUGGGAGAGUGGAUGCACGAGGCAGCGAGGCGCAGGCGGGAGAAGGCGAGGAGGAGGGCAGCAGCAGCUGCUGCUGCCGCUGUGGUGCGGCCCAGCGCUGAGCUGCUGGCGCUUGCACUGGCUGAAGCUCAGGGGGGCGAGGAGAGGGCGGGAGGGGAGCAGGCAUGUGCAGGCGCAGCAGGGGCACGUGCUGCAGCAGCAGCAGCAGGGGCAGCGGCAGCAGGCGGAGAGGGUGGUGGAGUGGCAGCAGCGAGAGGAGAGGGCGGGGUGGCAGCAGGUGCGGUGCUGAGCGAUGUUGAGGCGGCCGUGGCAGCAGCGGGCGACUUGCCGCUGCUCCACCCCCACACGCCCGUGUUGCACCAGGCACAGGGGGGCGCACAGGGGGGCGCACAGGGGGGGGCAGGGAGGGCGGAGGCAGGAGAGCAGUUGUUGAGUGGAACGGUGGCAGGCGGGCAGCAGUGGGGGCGGGGAGGAGGGCAGCAGGGCAGGACGUGGCGGCAGCGCGCGUCCAUCAGCCUGCGUCUGAAGCACGCCAUCUGCCGCCUGCACGCCGCACGCCCUGCCCUGGCGGCCAAGGACCUCCACCGCACCGUCAUGGCCGCCUUUGGCCUCGCUGCCGGAACCCCGCCUGCUGCUGCUGCUGAAGCUGCUGCUGCUGCUGCAGAAACGGGCGUGACGGCGCUGGACGUGGCGGCGGUGCGGCGCAUCGUGCGGCGGCGCCACGCAUACCUGGACCUGUCCGUGGGGCAGACGGGGCUCAAGCGCAAGCGCGGCGGCGCGCACCCGCAGCUGGAGGCGGCGGUGGUGGCGUGGGUGCGCAGCAUGGAGGCGCGGUACGGGCGGCACAUGCUGCGCUGGGACGACGCCAUUGAGUACGCCCGCGAGGUGGGGCCGUCCGUGGGCGCGCCCAGUGGGUUCCGGUACAGCCUCACGUGGAUGCGCAAGGUGAUGCAGCGGCACGGGCUGUGGAUAGGGGGGGAAGUGAAGGAGGGGGGAGGGGCGGGGGAGAAGGGGGAGAAGGGGGAGAAGGGGGAGAAGGGGGAGAAGGGUCGGAAGGGUGCAGGGAGGGAAGGGGGAGGAGGAGGAGGAGGAGGAGGAGAAGGAGGAGGCAUGUCAGCGGAUGGCUAUUCGAGUUGUGGUAACACGACUGAUGGUAACAGCACGGAUGGUAACGGCACAGAGGGCCAAACAGCAGACGACGAGAGCAGCGACGGCGGCGCCACAGAGGACGAGACGGGGGCGCAAGGGGGCGACGGGGGGCGGACCAGCGCACCUGCUGCUGCCACCACUACUGCUGCAGCGGGUGCAGGUGGUGCAGGUGGUGCAGGGGGUGCAGGUGGUGCAGGGGGUGCAGGAGGCACAGUGGCAGCAGGUGUGGAGGCGCAGCAGGGUCCGCUGGAGCGGCUGUACCACCUGGCAGAGCAAUGGACGGCGGAGGCACGGGCGCAAGGGCAAGACACAGACGGCGCCGCCCAGCGCAAGUGGCGCCACACGGUGGUGCCGCCGCAAGUGAAGUUGGCCAUGUGCGCCCUGGCCAGGGCGCUCCCCGCGCUGCCCUCCAAGGCCAUCACCCGCGCCAUCGGCGCCAGAUACGGCAUGCGGCUGGCGAAGGUGUCUCUGCCUGCGGUGCUGCUGCGGGAGGACGACUGGCGCCAGCUGGCGCAGCGCGCGCACACAGGCAGGGCGCGGGGCAGCCGGGAUGGAGGCACAAGCGAGUGGCGCCUGGAGGAGGCUCUUGCCCUCGCGGUGAGGAAGGCCAUGGCGAGGAUGGAGGGGGGCGGGGGGGCGGAGGGGGGUGGGGGGAGUGGGUCGGCGGAGCGGCAGGUGUCGGCGUGGGCGGUGCAGGAGUACGCGCGGCGCCUGAUGCCGCUGGUAGGCGUGGCGCCGGGGUUCACGUGCAGCAUCCAGAGGAUGCGGGGGAUACUGAACGAGCGGUACGAGGUGCGGGAGGAGGAGGUGGCGGCGCUGGUGGCCAUCGCCACGGAGCAGCGGGAGAUGCGAGCGCAGAUCAAGGCCAGCGGCCGCCGCCUGGGGGAUGUGGAGGGUGGGCGGGGUGAUGGGGGUGGUGAUGGGGGUACUUGGAAUGGGAUGGAGAGUGAUGGUGGUGAUGGUGGUGCUGCGGGUAGUGAUGGCGACAUGGAUAUGGUGAUCGACAUUGACCUCGACACUCUUGAUGACAAUGCGGGCCCUCUACCUGCUGCUCAUGACACUGCAGUAUCUGCCCCUGCUGCAAGCGGUGCUGCAAACGGUGCAGCAAACGGUGCUGCAGAUGGUGUGGCUGCACAAGCCCCCACUGGCGCUGGUGUGGUAUCUGCCUACACCCUUCCACGUAAUUCUGCCCACGCCCCUGGUCAGGCUGCUGCCACUGCCCCUGUCAGCACGCAUCCCCCGCCCCAAGUCAGCACUCUGCUGGCUUCGCUGGCCGGCGUGCGGGUGGCAUCUGCCGCCCAAGCCACCCCUGAGCUGCAAUCUGCUUGGGCCGCCCUUGCCGUUGCCACCCCCUUCGCAAGGCGGCUCACAGCGCACCGGGCGGCAGAGGUGGGGCGGGCAUGGCGCAGACUUGAGGGGGCUCAAGUGCUGGUGAAAAGGAAGAAGACUGGGGGUGAGCAAGGAAGCAGGGCGGCAGGAGCAGCAGGAGCAUCAGCAGCAGCGCGAGCAGGAGCAGGGAUGGGGGCAGGGAAUGCAGCAUCAGGGCAGCCAUUCUCAGCGCCCAUGGCAGCAGCGCCCCUCUCGCCCGAGCUCAUAGUGGCUGCGGCCCUCAGGGCUGCUCUCGCGCCGCGACCAGCCCUCCCCUUCCCUUUCCCCCUUGCAGCAACACCUGCCACCUCCGCUCUCCAAUCUCUUGUCCACUUGCUCACGUCCAGCAUGCAGUCUGCUCCCCGCGCCCCCGCUAACCCACACAGCCUUACCUUCCCCCACCCGUUAUUGUCACGUCUGAUUCAGUUACCUGGUGUGCAUCCAGCUGCACCUAACGCCUUUGCUCCCUCCCCAUUCGCUCCUCCAUCCCAAACCUCCCAAGUCGCCAACUUGGCCGCUCCGUCCCUCCCAACCCGGUCGCUCACCACUCUCCUUGCUUCACUCAUUUCAAGCCAACUUUCUCCUCCCACUGCUCCUGCUGUGCCUCCUGCUGCUGUUGAUGCUUCUGCUGCUGCUGAUGCUCCUGCUGCUGCUGCUGCUGAUGCUGCUGCUGCUGCUGCUGAUGCUGCUGCUGCUCCUGAUGCUCCUUCUUCUGCCCCUGCUCCUGCUCCUACUCCUGCUGCUGCUCCUGCUGCUGCUGCUGCUCCUGCUGCUGCUCCCGAUGCCCCCACUGACGCCUCUAUGGCAGCAAGAGCAAGUGCUAUUGAUCCUGUGGCUCUUGCUGCUGCCACCACCACAACUGCUCCUGGUGCUGCUCCUACUGACGCAUCUGCUUCUGCCCCUGCUGCGGAUCCUACUGUCGCUUCUGCUUCCGCCCCUUCUGCCCCUGCUGUUCCUGGUGUCGCUUCUGCUGCCGUUCCUGCUCCUACGAUUUCCACUUCUACUGCUCCCACUGCUCCUACUCCUACUCCUGCUCCUGCUCCUGUGCAUGCACUUGCUUCUGCUCCUACUGCUGCCAGCACUGCUGCAACUAAGCGUGCCACAACAGCUAAUUGCUCUGACUCUGCUGUCGCUGCACCUGAUGCUGCUAUCACUGCACGUGGAGCUGCUACCACUGGACGUGAUGCUGCUAUUUCUUGUGCUCCGCCAACCAGUGCAGCUGCACCUGCUGCUACUGCCACUGCACCUGCUGCCACUGCACCUGCUGCCACUGCACCUGCUGCCACUGCUCCUGCUGCUACUGCAGCGGCCGGUGCGGAUGGUUCAGCCACUCCCCCCCAAUGUCAUUAGUAGAGUCAACUAACCAACACAGAUGUGUGAACAAGUAAUAUCCCCGCAAGAGGGAAUUACCCACGAACUGGAUUCGGUUGGACCAGGAGAGUUUGUUGGAAAUAGCGUUUCUGAAGUGUAACACUGUCAAACAUGUGUAUUUGUCAUGUUUGUAUAGACUGUAUAGGGUUACCUCUUAGAGGACAAGUUAUAAGAAUUCGUCUGAAACAUCAGACUAGGUGUACACAUUCAUCUGAUUUAUCAGACCGGCCGUUUUUUUCCG